UCAGAUCCACUGAGGGCUAUAAAGAGCAGCGGCAGCAGGGUCCAGGUGUUAACAGGUCAACCUGCAGGCUGGAAACAUGACUUUCUUUAAGUGCACCCUCGGUCUCCUUCUCGUCCUCGUGGUCUCUGACUGCUCCUGGGCUGAAGACAAGGAUUUGUCCGUCUCUGAGCUCCUGUGGAGGGCCAACAAGGAUGUUGUGCACACGAAGGACGAGCCCUUGGUCAUGGAUGACAUUGCGUAUGAUGAUGAAAACGAGAGGAACGCUGAUCCAUGCACCUCCAACGGCUGCAUGUGGGGAAAGUCCGCCGAUGGAAAGGUCUACGUUCCUUACGUCAUCGCCACACAUUUCUCUUCUCGAGAGCGCUCCAUCAUCGAGCGUGGGCUCUCGUCCUUCACCAGCGUCUCCUGCAUUCGCUUUGUCCAACGCACCAGCCAGAGAGACUACCUCAACAUCCAGUCCAACAACGGCUGUUACUCCUACGUGGGUCGCCGUGGUUACUCCCAGACGGUGUCUCUGGACCGCCAGGGCUGCCUCUACCACAACACGGUCCAGCACGAGCUGCUCCACGCCCUCGGCUUCAACCACGAACAGUGCCGCUCCGACAGGGACCAGCACAUCCGGAUCCUGUGGCAAAACAUCCAGUCCGGCUGGGAGUACGCCUUCGACAAGAUCAACACCCUGAACCUGAACACUCCCUACGACUACAACUCCGUCAUGCAGUACCACAGGUAUGCCUUCUCCGGAAACAACCAGCCCACCAUGGUGCCUAUCCCCAACGCCAACGUUGAAUUCGGCACGGGCAAGGAGAUGAGCAAGAACGACAUCAGCAGGCUGAACAAGCUGUACAAAUGUUAAACACACACGUUGGGUUUUUGUGUACUUCUGUCGCUGUAAGUGUUUCCUUUUACAUCGAAUUU